CAAUGUUCUUAAAAUAUAUAAACACAGGUACAAUUUUACAAAUCUGCAUAUUAUGUGUCCCACUUUCAGACUAAUGUGCUAGACACAUCAGAACAAUUUGUGAAAGAUGGCAGAUGUAAGUAAACCCGUGGUCUACAACAGAGAAAAAUGGUUGGAGGAAAAUCAAAAGUUCUUCUUACCUCCUGUCUGCAACAAAAUGAUGCAUAAUGAUGGGCAGGUGAAGUCCUUUUUUGUUGGCGGUCCAAACCGAAGAAAAGAUUACCACAUAGAAGAAGGAGAGGAACUUUUCUACAUGCUGAAAGGUGACAUGUGCCUUAAAGUUGUAGAGCAAGGAAAACACAGAGAUGUUCCAAUCAAAGAAGGGGAGAUAUUUCUGCUCCCUGGCAGAAUAGCCCAUUCCCCUCAGAGGAAAGAAGACACAAUAGGUUUGGUGAUCGAGCGAGAGAGGGCAGAGAAUGAGUCAGAUGGAUUAAGAUAUUAUAUAGAAGAAAAUGGAGAGAAAACCCUGAAAUCAUUGUAUGAGGAGUGGUUCCAUUGUGAGGACCUUGGUUCACAGUUAGGACCCAUCAUAAAAAGAUUCUUUGCAUCAGAGCAAUAUAAGACAGGAAAGCCUCUACCAGGAACCAUACCUGAAAAUCCACCCAUUGUCCUAGACAGCAAGAGAUCACUACAAGACCCAUUUAACUUACACACAUUUAUUGAUGGUAAGCGUCAGGAACUAGAAGAGAAGGGAAGAGUCAACUUGUUUGGAGACAACAACCAGUUUCAGGUUGAUCUGUAUGGCAAAGGCAGUAACACAGGACAAGUGGAAAAUGCUGAAACCUUUAUUUGGCAAAUAGAAUUAUAG